GGAGGAGGCGGGGCGAGGCUCAGUCAGGGCAGGGAGGGGGAGCUGUGGAAUGGCGGACGGCCGGGCUGGCCCGCCCUGGUGGUAACGAGCCGAGGGGGCCGGAGGGGACAGCCGCGGAGAGGGAACAGUGCCUGAAGCAGGUCCACCAUGCCGUUAGUAACGAGGAACAUUGAGCCAAGGCACCUGUGCCGUCAGACGUUGCCUAGCGUUCGAAGCGAGCUGGAAUGCAUGACCAACAUCACCCUGGCAAAUGUCAUUCGACAGCUGGGCAGCCUGAGUAAAUUUGCAGAAGACAUAUUUGGAGAGUUGUUUACUCAAGCCAACACCUUUGCCUCUCGGGUGAGCGUUCUAGUCGAGAGAGUUGACCGCUUGCAAGUCAAAGUCACUCAGCUGGAUCCCAAAGAGGAAGAAGUCUCCCUGCAAGGCAUUAACACCAGGAAGGCCUUCAAAAGCUCCACUACUCAGGACCAGAAGCUCUUCGACAGAGAUUCUCUCCCCGUGCCUGUCCUUGAAACCUAUAGGACCUGCAAUAAUCCUCCACCUCUCAACAUUCUCUCACCGUACAGGGAUGAUGGCAAAGAGGCACUUAAAUUCUACACAGAUCCUUCAUAUUUCUUUGACCUUUGGAAAGAGAAAAUGCUUCAGGACACCAAGGAUAUUAUGAAAGAGAAGCGGAAACAUAGGAAAGAGAAAAAGGAGAAUCCGAACCGAGGAAACGUGAAUCCGCGGAAAAUCAAGACCCGGAAAGAAGAGUGGGAGAAGCUGAAAAUGGGACAAGAAUUUGUUGAGUCAAAGGACAAACACGGUCCUGCUGGGUACCCCUCUAACAUGGUGUAUCAGAAUGGCAGCAUCGGUUCAAACGAAAGCAUGGACGUGAACUGCUACCCGCCACCGCCGCAGACUGACUCUAUUGUGCCACCACCUCCUUCAUUCCCAGAUGACAGCCUGCCUCCACCCCCGGUGGAAUUUAGCUAUCCUGUAGACAACCAAAGAGGUUCUGGUUCUGGAGGGACCAAACGAUCCAGCCUGGUUAGCCCGAGUCAUCCGCCACCAGCUCCUCCGAUCGGAUCCCCCUCAGCAGCAAGGCCGGGCUUUGCUCCCCCUCCGGCACCACCUCCACCACCACCACUGAUGGGAAACACUCCCCCUCCACCCCCUCCCAUGGGCUUCCCGUCCCCAGGAACCCCACCACCACCCUCGCCCCCUUCUUUCCCUCCUCACCCCGAGUUUGCUGCCCCGCCGCCGCCGCCGCCCCCUCCAGCAGUCGAAUAUGCCAGCGUGCUCCCACCUCCGCUGCCACAGCCGGGCAGUGGGAGCGCGCCGCCUCCCCCUCCACCACCACCGCCUCCUGGCCCACCGCCUCUGUCUUCCAGUGGCCUGGAUGGUCCCCCGCCACCUCCUCCACCCUCAGACACCUCCUCCUCCAAGCCCAAGUCAUCCUUGCCUGCGGUUAGCGAUGCCAGGAGUGAUCUGCUUUCAGCUAUUCGUCAAGGCUUCCAGCUCCGCAAGGUGGAGGAGCAGCGGGAACAGGAGAAGCGGGACGUUGUGGGCAAUGAUGUGGCAACCAUCCUGUCGCGCCGCAUCGCUGUGGAGUACAGCGACUCUGAGGACGACUCUUCGGAGUUCGAUGAGGACGAAUGGUCGGAUUAACCAUGGUCCCGUCCCCUUCCUCCCUUUCUCUCCUGGGUUAACAUCAUCUUAAAGAAUCAGGUGGCCAAAUCUUCCACCACUUCCUUUUUCAUCCCGUAACCAAAGAUGUGCCAAGGGUUUUCAGACAACCAGCAGCAUAUCUCCCCUCUCCCUCCCCCUCCGGCUUUGGCAGGACUUCGUGCUCUGCCUCUCCAAAAGGUCUCCUCACGGACACUGAGGAUGCGGUGUCGGGAUUUAGCUGGAGGGGGUGUAACGGUUGCUUAUUUAAAAGAGAGCUAAACCUCCAGAUUCUUGAUGCCACCAGGCAGAGCACAUAUAAAGCCUCCAUCCUGAGGGAUUUUUAAAGUAAAGAUGGAUGAUCCUGUUGCGGCCGCGUGGCCUUUUAGAUGAAGGACAUUUUCAGCUAGUUUUCUCAUUGCAACAGCAGACAGUUGAUCUGAUGGCUCUUCCUUUCCAGUGAAUACUGGCAGUGCUGCAAGAAAAUGGGCUUUAAAUGUCUGUUCUCUGCUGCAUCCCACUGUCAAAUAAUCGGUUUUUGGCAAUAGUGCACAAUUCUUUCCCCUCUGACCCCCUAGUAUUAUUUCCAGACCUACCCUGCGUGGGGUGCGCUUCCUGGCUCUAGGGCUGUGGGAAUGCGUUGGGUGCAAUGUGAGGAGGGACUUUUUUUAAUUUUAUCUGAAAAAGCUGCCUUUUACCUUCCUCAAAUCUCCCGGACUUUUUUUCGCCCGGUCUGCCGAAGGAGAUUUGCCCAAAGGGAUGCAAAACCGGGGCAGAAUGUUAUUGGGGCUUCCCGCUCUUGGGAGAGCAGAGCCGCUGCCCCGCUGAGACCCAGCUGCCUGGGCAGCGGUGAAACUCCGCUGCGCCAAUUUCUCCAAUUCGCUGAGAAUGUGCUUUUUAAAAAAAAAAAAAAAAAAAAAAAAAAAAAAGUGCCCAGAGUGGGGAGAUGGUGUGUGGGGAAGGGUUCUCUGAACACCAGGCACUUUGGUGAUCUUUGGCCUGUCCAGGACGAUGCCGUGGUCAGUUUGGAGAGGCGCUUUUUCUAGCGGGGUGACCAUACUUUUUCCACGGGGACUUGAGCAGCAGAAAACGCUGGUAUUACCUUUGCUUCCUCCUCCCUUCUGCCGAAAGAGGGGAGUUUGCGUGCCUAAAAACAUCUAGUGUGUGAACGGAGUAGCCCGUCAGCUACAUCAGACCUAACCUACGUUGUUUCCCCUAAUUUUAUUAUUAUAAUUCAUUAGUUAAUUUUAAGGAAACGUUUCUUCUCCUCACUAACCCUAGGAGUUCCCAGGCCGCUCACUACAGAUACAGUACUGGCAGGGGGAGAAAAUGGCAAACUUGAACUAGCUGACUUAGGUUUUAUGGCUGUUUUAUAUUACCUUACAUAGAAUAUAAGCGUAUCUUGGAAAUCCAGAAGCAAAUACCCCCCCAAUGCUACGAACCUGUAUUUUAAUUUGGACGUGACUCUCUCGGGGUCACGCAAGAAAACGAUUCCAAAGCUUUUUGGAGAUCGUGGGUCCAGCUGUCGUGGGGUGGGACCGGCUUCGUGUCCCAUUAAGACCAACUCUCCAACCUCUUUGCCUUUCCUAUUGUAAAGUAUUUUGCCAGCCUGUGCCUGUUCUUCCUUCCCUGCCUUGCCUCCGUUCGUGCUGUUGCUGAUACCUGGAACGCCAGGCCCAGCCCAAGGCUGCCACGUUGCUGAAAAUCCAUCUCGGGGUUUGAUUGAUGGCUUCGGUUUGUGCCAUUGAGUUCUUACCGAUUUGGGGUGUGUGUGUGGUGUGUGCUUGCGCAUUUUUAAUCUUUGACAGAGCAGAUAAGGGCUUGGAGGACAGGCUUUUUCUGGGGUACGGAUCAAGCCGAGAUCCAGCGCGACCCUGAGCACAAUCGGGAGAGAUUUACCGGGCUGCUGCACCAUCAGAUUUUUGUCUGCAAAUCGGCUGCUAGGCAGGAUGCGAAGGGCGUAGAUGGUGAGGCAUCCCGAUGGGCCGGGAACAUCUGAGCAGCGCUAAUUCCAGGUUCUGGAAGAGGGAACGAACCCCUCGAGUGCCAGCGAGAGCCAUCGUGCAGUGGAGGGACUUGGAAAUGCAAAGUGAUUGUUGCUGCGAGCUGGGUGAGGGGGGGUUAGAGGAGAAGGACUGCCUCUUGUUUUCCUGCUCUUUCUGUAAGCAUCCUCCUCUGGCUUCUCUCGGAGACAGGUUCCCGGGGAAAACGGACCUUUAAGCUAACCCGGCCUGACAGCAUUAUCACACAGGGAAACGAGGAGCUCGCAAAUGCCAAACCUGGGUUAAUUUUAAAUUGCCUUAACGAGACUUGGCCCCUGCUGGGGGAAAAGGGGAACCGUGUAUCCCUGUCGGGUGAAAUACAGAAAAGUGCCAUAUUCUCCGCGCCCCAGAUGGAUGGUCUGUCAGGCAGGGCCCUGCCUCGGGGCGUUGGGGACAGCCUUGCCCCAUGCGCCGCCUGUUGCACAAGGGAUGCUUGUGUGGGCGAUGCGGCAUGGCCGCGGGUGGAGUCGGCUCCUCCGGCUGCCUCGCCUGCUCGCCGGGCCCUCCUGGCAAGCGGCAGGGACGCUGCUUUGUCCCUGCAAGCCUGCUGGAACCACCCUCUGCUUUCCAACUCCCGUGCCGAGGUGAGAAUCGAAACUGCUGGAUGCUAAACAGAAGGGUUGCGGGACAGGUAGGGAAGGUUUGGUUGCGUCGUUUUUCUUAAAAUCUCCCUUUAGAUGAGCUCGGCGCGGAGAUCCCUGAGAAAUGACUGGCGUAAAGCGACCGUCUUUUGAGUAUCGUUGCAAAAUCGCAGAGCGCUGGGCCACCAAGUAGGCUUAAUAUUUCUCUAAACCAGUAGGGGAAGAGGAGAGGUGCCAAAAACAACCUUUGCAAGACAGAGCAGCUGUGCUGAAGCUUCAGAGCCGCUGCCCAGCGUGGACCGAGGGUCUGUGCCGGAUUCCCCUGCCAUCUUUGUCAUUUGAUGUUAACUUACUCCUUCCUCCCCUUUCCCCCCCACCCCCCGCGUAAGGCUGGGUUGAACGGCCCGGCGGGCGAACCUCAAGCAUUUCACAAAGCCAAAAGCGAAAUGUUGGCAGCUGGGGUCCUCCCCGUCUUUCCAUUUCAGCCCGAUCCCUGUCCGUAUGGAGCCGCGGAGCCGCGGCGGCCCGUUUCUCCCAUCCUGGGAGCCGUUCUCUCGGGGCGGGCUCGCUCCUUCCCCGCACACGGCGAGUUUGGGCAGGCCGCCGUGCUCCUGGUUAAACAUUCUCCCGGUGUCCUCGCCCGCAGUGCUUGGCUGCUGCUCCCGGCAGCUUUUUUCCCCCCUCCCCGCCGCCCCCUUCGCAGGGAAAAGGAAAAAAGAAAAAAAAACAAACCCUCAGUCCCGGCUCCCCGGGCUCAGCCUGGAGCCGCAGCCGGUGACCUUCACCGCUUUCUCCUCUCCUUAUCAGACCCAAAGCACCAGACCAGAUUGAGGGAAGGGGGCUCUCGGAGGUCCCAGAUGGCCGAGAAACUGUGCGGAGUGCCGUUUCAGGGAAAGGAGAGAUAGAGAUAGAUAUAUAUAUAUAUAUUUUUUUUUUUUUUUUCCAAUCCGUGAACUUAUUUAACGUGCCUCUUCCGAAAGUACCUGCCGUGAUGGGCAGAUGCGGCUCCCCCCCCCCCUUCCCCAGGUCAGGUUUCGUUGCUGUUGGAUUUCGGGGGGCGGCGGGGGGGGGGGGGUUGCGUGUGUGCGUGCGCGCUUUCUUCUUUUCUUUUUAAAACAAAGCCUUGAAGUGGGGAAGCGGAUCCGAUGUUUUUAUUACUGUAUUAACAUUCAUUUUAAUUCAUUUCAGAAACUAACCCAUUUUUCUUCUUGAUUAGAAUGUCAUAGAAUUAGACAAGCUGUAACCCUCCUGAAGUGCCUUAUUUUUCCUACAUGGUAUAAAUAUAUUUAUAAGAGUAA